AUGAAGUACAACGCCACCCUCCUAGCCCUGGCCGUCGCCACCGUCACCUCCGCCCGCGAGCUCCCCUACCAGUCAAGCUUCUACAAACGCGAAGUACCCCAAGAGCACUCGCACGAGGCCAUCCUGCGCGCUACCAACACCGCUCUCAAGCUUAACAACCCUCUCAACAUCCAGGACGCCGUCUUCGCCCUUCUCGGCAACGCCGCCGCCUCCGCGGGUGCGGGCCAGGUCACCAACCUGGACUGUCUGCAGCAGAUUGUUGCCGACCAGGCUUUUACUAACGCCAAGGCCGCCGGUGACCUCGACGGCCAGGUCAACGCUGUUCUGUUCCGUGCCAUUGAGCGUAACACUGGCAAGAUCGGCUUGGCUAGCGUUAUCUGCAACGAGACGGCGACGAAUCCGGAGAUCGCGGCUGUUACCCAACAUCAGGAUCCUGCCAGUGAGGAGGGCAAGGCCGGGAACAAGGACAUUGAGCUGGCGGUUGCGAAGGUGUUGAAGGGAUUGGGUGCUGAUCCGUUGUUGGCGCUUGAGAGUGCUACUUUCCCUCCUGGUGAUCUCAAUGAUGCCACUGCCAAGGGCAACACCUGCGAUGAUGAGAACGAUGCUAAGGGCUGCAUCUUUACGUUGAACCUUCUUACUCCUGCUGCCACUGAGGAGGAGAUCCUGGCUGCUGUUGGUGGUGAUGAUGGUACUACUGAAGAUGACACUUGCGAGGAUGACGGUACUACCGAUGAUACUGGCAACGAUGAUAUCGUUGACGAUGGUAAUGGUGAUGAUACCAGUGAGGACGACACCUGCGAGGAUGACGGUACCGGUGAGGACGAUGGUACUGGCGAUGACAACACUGGUGGUGAUAACAACACUGGCGGUGACAACAACACUGGUGGUGACAACAACACUGGUGGUGACAACAACACCGGCGGUACCGUCAACGUCCAAUCCUUCACCGGCUCCCUCGGCGGCGCCGCACCCGCCCGUGCUCUUCACCGCCGGCGCCGACCGUCCCUUCUCCGUCAACGGCAACACCUUCCUGCAAUCCUCCGCCGCGCUCUCCCGCUCAUCACCGGCGGCACCGCCCAGUGUGCGCAGCAGACCAACGAGUGCAAGAGCGCCGCCGCCACGACCAUUAUCAACAAGUUCCGCCGCGAGGCCAGAAAGCUCGGCCGCAGACACGGUACGCCCGGGCUGGACUUUGGCAGCUGCGGCACCCCCCAGAUCCAGUUCACUGCGGGUCUGGACGGUCGCAAGGAGGAGAGCUUCCAGGCUGUUAACAGGCAGGAUUUCAACCAUGGCAGUGCCCUGAACAUCAAGGUCGUAAGCGACUUUGUCUGCCAGAGACUCCAGGAUGCCUGCAAGGCGAGCGCGGACACGGUGGCUACUUGCAAGCAGGCGAGCGCCGCUGCGGGCGCUGCGAAGGGACAGCAGGCUGCGUUUUUGUUCAAUGCUGCUCUUGGUGUCUAA